CCCCUUUCAAGGUAGUACAGCAAAAGCUACAACAGAACAAUGAUAUCUUCCACUUCUUCUAGCCCUGGAAUAGAUCUACAUUUGGUGCAUUGACUUCUCUCUGUCUGCAUGCAGAUAUACACAACACACGCACAUAUUCUGCAUGUGGUCACGUUCUGAAGAAAUCCCCCGGAUGGCAGCAAUGCAAGAAUGAACAAGUUUCAGACCAGUGCCUUGACGUUGACCCUUGCCUCAUCAUUCAGUAACUGCAGAGAGCUUCCACCUCCCCACUGUCACUGCCUCGAACGUCUCCCUGCAGUCUGGUCUGGCACUAAUAUCUUGAAGCUGACAGGUUUUUCUCCUCCUCUUCCCUUUAAACAGAAGGGAGUUGCAAGAUGUAAUGUAUACUCAUUGGUGGUUUAGGAAAUACCUUCUGCCAAGGGUAAAUGGUGGUCCCAUGGAGUAGAGGCACAAGAUGUGUUUCCUUUGCUCAGAGGAGCAGCACGUUCCGCCUGUGAAAUGCUGGCUGCUGUCCGUGGUGCUGAAUUUUCCCAGCUGCCUGGCAGGAUGCGCUCUGGAGAAACUGCUGCUGCUCAGCUGCUGCUGUCCGCGGUGCUGAAUCUUGCCCAAAGUUGCUGCUGUGUCUGAGACCCAAGCAAAGCCUGCUUCUUUUGGGAAGAGCCUCUGGGAAGCAGCACAGACACGAUGGGGCUGCUGACUGCAUUCCGGUCGGGAUUGGCUCUGAGCUCCAGCAUACUGUUGCCGUUCCUGGAAUUGGGAGCGUAGCAUACUCUCCACCCUUGUGUGCCUUGUUGCAGAUCGACACAGGGUAGUGAUCUGCUGGGGGUGUUUGGAGUGGAGCUAAAGAUUGCAGGCAAGGAACUGAACGAAGACACCAGCAACCAUGGUCAUGUUUUGGGAGUGUGGUUUGAUACAAGGCAGCCUCAACUCCAGAUCCUUCUACGGUGGCUUGCUUUGAAUUCCGAAUCACCCAGCAUAAAUCUCAUGCUGUAUCUGUUGGAUUGCUUCUGUGAAAUGGGAGGCUUGGGGGAAAGGGGUUUUUCCAUUAUUCCUUCUUGAAAAUGUAAUUGAGGAAAAAUUGCUCUCUCUCUCACAUUCAUGGUAGCCUGUGACCCUUUUCAGCUUUCAUCCUGAGUAGCUCAUCACCCUGGCCUCUCCAUGGAAGCAUCCGUGUAUAUCUGACAUUAGGACCCUAUGCAGACAUUGAGGAGGGGGAUGGCUCUUCAUAUUCAUGAAGUCUGCAUAUUACUCUUGCUAAUUCCUGGUUUGGUUACUCCAGCUGCCUUCAACCAUGAAGACUACCCUGCUGAUGAUGGUGAUCAAAUCUCAAAUAAUGAUAAUAACCUGAUCUUUGAUGACUAUCGAGGGAAAGGUUGUGUCGAUGACAGUGGAUUUGUAUACAAACUGGGAGAGCGUUUUUUUCCAGGGCAUUCCAACUGCCCAUGUGUCUGUACUGAGGAUGGGCCUGUUUGUGACCAACCCGAAUGCCCUAAAAUCCACCCAAAGUGUACUAAAGUGGAACACAAUGGAUGUUGUCCAGAAUGCAAAGAGGUGAAGAACUUUUGUGAAUAUCAUGGGAAAAGUUAUAAAAUCUUGGAGGAAUUUAAGGUGGACGAGGAGGAGUCUUAA